AUGUGCCGUGGCUCUAGGCAGCUUGUUCCGGGUAGAUCUGCGCACGAGACACCACUAGAAGUUGCCCCGGUGUUUGAAUCAGAUCCCGCCGAUGAUGUUCCAGACACCCAUGGAGGAAACCCGGACCGGCAGAUGUUGGUGUGGAUACCUCGGACUGAUAUCAGGCUGAAGUUGACAGAAACCAUCAACUGGUAG